AUUCGCUGCUGACCAUCCAGGCAGCUUUUUCCCCAAAUACACAUAACAGUUAGGAAAGCUGUAAGUUUUCGCAGUUGGCCAAAAACGUCCAGUUCCAGCGCUGAGCCAGAAAAUUCCUGCGAAAGGCUGUCGUGGCAAGUGUUACCCGCACACAUACACAUCAUCCAGAUCCAGCCAAUCCCCCCGUGGAGUGGAGUGAAUUUUCAUUGACGACUGGGGGCGAAAAAGCUCUGGCGGAAGAACGAAAGUGAGAGAGAGGCGGCACUGAGAGCGCAACCCUCUAGAACAAAAACAACGAAACAGAGUUCAGCUGCACCACCACCCACCACCUACACCAACACCACCACCACCACCACCAACGCCACCACCGCCCACUGACCAUCCCACAUCCCGACCUGCGGCAGUGGAAGAAAGUGAAAGAGGCCAAGUGCAUACCUUCAUCCUAAUCAUCGCCAGACGAAUUCGUUGAGGCCACCAGAGCACCACCAGCCAAACACAGAAGCAACCACACAGCCACCAGAGCCAUAGCCCAGAAGACGAGGUAAAGGUCAAAGUUUUUGGGGUUCUGCGAUGGGCAAGAAAGACAAGAACAAGGAACCGGCGGACGCUGCACCAGCUGGCGAUGCACCACCAAACGCCGGAGCCCCGACCGGAGAGGGCGGCGAUGGCGAGAUUGUGGGCGGACCACACAAUCCGCAGCAGAUUGCGGCACAGAAGCGUCUGCAGCAGACGCAGGCGCAGGUCGAUGAGGUCGUGGACAUCAUGCGCACGAACGUGGAGAAGGUGCUGGAGCGCGACAGCAAGCUGUCGGAGCUGGACGACCGUGCCGAUGCACUGCAGCAGGGCGCCUCGCAGUUCGAGCAGCAGGCGGGCAAGCUCAAGAGGAAAUUCUGGCUCCAGAACUUGAAGAUGAUGAUCAUCAUGGGCGUGAUUGGUCUGGUUGUCGUGGGCAUUAUUGCAAAUAAACUUGGCCUCAUAGGCGGGGAGCAGCCACCACAGUACCAGUACCCCCCACAGUACAUGCAGCCACCGCCGCCGCCUCCGCAGCAGCCAGCCGGAGGACAGUCAUCGCUGGUGGAUGGAGCCGGAGCAGGAGCAGGAGUAGGAGACGGAGCAGGAGGAUCGGCAGGAGCUGGCGACCACGGCGGCGUGUAAGCGAACUCGCUGCAAGGACGAACGUUUCUCGAUUAGUGGGCUCCAGCAGCGGCCGAAAGCAAAGCAGAGAUGAUGAAGACAAAAAGAAACAAAGAACAAAAAACCAAGAAAGGAAAACUCAGUUAAACUAGAAAAUCUCGAGAAUUGCAAUAAACUCAAUAAUAAUUUCCACUUAGACGAUGUACACGAGUUGGUGUGAGAGGUUUUAAGUAACUUACGUCAUAAUAUUAAUACUAACUCUAAUGAAGACGCUCCGGACAAAUUGAAGUUGUUGCUAAUUUGUUUAUGGUUACAUUAUUUCAUGCAUAAAACGGUAUAUAUAAUUAUAAAUAUAAAUACAAAUACAAAUAACAAAAUACCAAAAUAUAUGGAACUUGAAUAUUACGAGUGACUCCAACCACGUACUACCCUAUACGGAACAACUUGCAUCUCUGCGCUGCACUGGCAACAAGGAGCGCCAGUGGAAGCAGGAGGACAGGCGGUCGCUUUCCGAUGUUCGCAGCUCUUUGAACUCAGUUUCCUUAGCAAAAAUCGACUAGACAAAACUAACAGAAUCAUAACUAUUUCGGAACAGACGCAAAACCAAAGAAAUCUAAGCUUUGUUCCUAAGUAAAGUUACGCAAAUAUGAUAUUUGAUAUUCGAAAUGUAUAAUCCAAAAAGAUGUUUGAAUCGAUGGGCCGCAUAAGAAAACGCAGUUAAAUGUAUUCAAGGAACUUUACUUAUACGAAAAACAGCAAGUGUAGUCUGUAGGCUGAAAAAAAAAACAAACAAGAGGCCAGCAGUGAAAGCUAAUAAACCUAAAGUCUAGUGAAAA